CUCCCAAUGUCUGUCUUUGCUGAACGUUGCACUGGCAAUACUACGAGAACAGAACAGAACAGAACAAUGGCCGUACAGACAUAUAAUCGAUUGGGCAUCAGUGACGGUCUCGGUCGUCCCCCAUAAUAAAAAGGACGGCGCUUUCUUGAAAGAUGGCGGCAUCUUUAUGCCGUUCCGCACUGAAUCUCUUCUUCUCGAAUUCUUCAGUCCACCAUUGCCCUCACCACCGACGUCAACAUCCCUCUCUUCUUCAUCUCCUCUCGAAGCCCCUUUCUUUCACUUCAAGCUCUCCUCUCACCCUAACCCAUCACGCGAAGCCACCGCUUCUUCAGAAGCGCUCGUCCUUUAGCUCGAUUCUCUGUAACUCGGCAUCUUCCUCUUCGUCCAUGGAGGCUCCGCCUGAGGGGUACAGGAGAAACGUUGGGAUCUGCUUGAUUAACCCCUCUAAGAAGAUUUUUGCUGCUUCGAGGCUUGAUGUACCUGACGCAUGGCAAAUGCCCCAAGGAGGUAUUGAUGACGGGGAAGACCCGAAGACUGCAGCCAUCAGGGAACUGAGAGAAGAGACAGGAGUCAGCUCAGCCGAGAUCAUUGCAGAGGCACCUUACUGGUUGACAUAUGACUUCCCACCUGAGGUCAGGGAGAAGCUCAAAGUUCAAUGGGGGUCAGACUGGAAAGGCCAAGCUCAAAAGUGGUUCCUCCUGAAAUUCAUCGGGAAGGAUGAAGAAGUCAAUCUCCAGGGAGAUGGCACCGAGAAGGCCGAGUUUGGCGAAUGGGCGUGGAUGUCCCCAGAGCAAAUAAUUGAACUCGCGGUGGAUUUUAAGAAGCCUGUUUACAAGGAAGUUCUGAAUGCCUUUGCUCUCCAUCUCCAGUAAUCCUGUUGUUAAUUCCCCUUGACAUGCAUGGCUCUUGAUGAGAGUCGAAACAAUGCCAGAGUUCUUAGGCUAUCUCGAGUGAAAAUGUUGCAACUUUUGAACUUAUAUUUCCAUUGUUUGGAUUACUAAAUUUAUGCUGGAGGAAUAAGAAACUGAUGCUCCACGGAUAAAUACCAACUUGCAGUUAACACCGUA